ACACGUUGUAAGGUGUUUAUAUGGCUUUUAUGUGAUUUUUAUUGCAUUUUCCUGUGCUGUACUUCAUUAUACGAAUGGUGCUACCGACUGUGGACUGGUCCGAGCCGUCCGGUCCCGGCGACGAUCCGUUCGAGGGCGGCCCGGAGGACACGGACAGCUCGCGCCAGGCGCCGUCCGUGCUCAGCCUGGCGUACGGCUGCGGCCGGCUGGCGGCGGCGCUCUACGAGCCGCUCAGCAUGACGGCGCGCCUGCUGCGCGACACGCCCGACCCGCCGCCGCACUUUGUCCAGCUGCGCGCCCUGCUUGGCCAGCUGCGGCCCGACCAGGUCAUCACCAGCGGCCGGCAGGACGAGCGGCUGCUGGCCGUGCUCUCCGAGCUGCUGGCCGCCGACCCGCGCGACGACGACCAGACGCCGCUGCAGCUGCAGCCGGCCGGCGACUACCGCGCCGACAGCUGCCGCCACCGCGUGCUGGCCGUCCAGCUGCCGGCAGAGACCUCUGACGACGAGCAGGCGCACUACAACUUCAUCACCAGCCGCGUCGACUUCGCUCAGACGACCAUGGUGCGGGCGUUCGGCGGCCUGCUGCGCUACCUGGACCGCCGGCCGCUGGAGACGCUCAGCCGGCAGCCGGUGAUGCGCAUCGAGAACCUCUCGCUGGAGGAUGCCAUGUACGUCAGCAGCGGCGCGUUCCGCACCCUGCAGGUGUUCGCCGCCGACCGCCACCCGUCCUCCUUCAAGGCCGAGACGACGCGCGAGGGUCUGAGCGUGUUCGCCGUGCUCAACAAGUGCUGCUCGCCGCUGGGCGUGGCCCAGCUGCGCCGCAUGCUGAUGCAGCCGCUCACCAGCCGGCGGCGUAUCGAGGCGCGGCUAGACGCCGUCGAGUUUUUCACUCGGCCCGCUAACGAGGACGUGGUGACCUCGCUGCAGACGUGUCUGCGCCGCGUGCGCAACCUGACGCCGCUGCUCAGCCGGAUGCGCAACGCGCGCGGCCUGAGCGGCGACUGGCGCACCCUGUACGACACACUGCACGGCGGCGUGGUGGCUGCCGAGGUGUGUCGCGACCUGCCGGCCGGCGUGGCGGUGUUCGACCGGGCGGCCGGCGCCGACUGCGCCGCCGUCCAGCGACUGCUGCACACACUCCACCAGACGGUCAACCUGGCCGAGACGCGCGAGCUGCGCCGCUUCACCGUCCACCUGGGCCUGGACGACACGCUGGACGCCCACAAGCGGGCGUACGCGGCGCUGCCGGAGCUGCUGUCGGCCGAGAUGGCCGCCGAGCAGGCCGCGCUGCCCGACCAGAUCCAGACGUGCAGCAUGGUCUUCCUGCCGCAGGUCGGCUUCCUGGUCAUGGUGGACGAGUGGCGGGAGCCGCUGACGCGCGAGCAGCAGCGCGACCUGCCCGGCCUGCGCUUCCAGUUCGAGGACCGCGGCCGUGUGCUGUACAAGUCGGCGCGCUGCGACGCUCUGGAUGAGAGCGUCGGAGACGUGGCCACCGCCAUCCGCGACAGGGAGACGCAGGUGAUGGUGCGCCUCUCAGCGCUGGUGGUGGCCGCAGCGGAGGAGAUUCACCAGCUGUGCAGUCUAUGUGGGGAACUGGACGCCCUCAUGGCUCUGGCCAAGGCAGCCAACGAGUUCGGGUACGUCCGACCCCGGUUUGUCGACGAGAACGUGCUGGAGCUGCAGCGCAGCCGGCACCCGCUGCUGGAGCUGUGCGCCGACCUGGUGGUGCCCAACGACUUCAGCAGCGGCCGGCAGCCGCACCGCGACCGCCUCAAGCUGGUGACGGGCGCCAACGGCGCCGGCAAGUCGGUCUACCUGCGCCAGGUGGCGCUGGCCGUGCUGAUGGCGCAGGCCGGCUCGUUCGUGGCGGCCGACGCGGCGCGGCUGGGCGUGCAGCGCGCCCUCUUCACCGUGGCGCCGCCGGCGCUGACCGGCACCGGCGGCGACGCGGCGGCCGGCGGCGGCUGCGGCUCCGCCUUCCUGGCCGAGCUGCGCCAGCUGUGCGCCGCCGUGGCCGAGAGCGGCGAGCGGGCGCUGCUCGCUGUGGACGAGUUCGGCGGCGGCACGCUGGCAGAGGACGGCGCCGCCCUGCUGGCCGCCGCGCUCUCCGAGCUACUGGCGCGCCGGGAGCGCUGCCCGCACGUGCUGGUGUCGACACACGUGCACCGUCUGUGCUCGCUGCUGCCGCCCUCGCAGCUGGUCACCCCCGUGUGCCCCGAGCUGGUGGCCGAGCCGGGCGGCCGGGCCGUCACCUUCCUCUACCAGAUGGCCACCGGCUCGGCGGGCAGGAGCUACGCGAUGGCGGCCGCCACGGCUGCCUGCCUGCCUGAGAGGCUCGUCCACAGGGCCGAACAGGUGAUGGAAGCCAUGGUGUCCGGCUCGGACCUCUGUCCCGACCCCGAGCUGCUCCGAGUCGAGGAGGCGGCCGUCGAGAGGGCGCGCCGCGCCGUGGAGACGUUCCUGCGCGCCGACCUGGACUCGGAGGACCCGGCAGAGCUGCUGCGUCGCGUGCGGCAGGAGUACCGCGGCGCCGAGGACCCGUGGGAGGACUCUGUGGCGGGCGGGGCCGCGGCGCCCGGCAGCGAGCGGCCCGUGCCGGGCUCCUCAGUGGCCGGGCCGGCGGCCACCCCCGGCGGCGCGGCGGCAGCGCCGGGUUUGAGGAGGGACGGAGCGCCGCGCCCGGGAGCCGACUCCGCCACCGGCAGCUCCGAGACGCCUGUCUCCGCGCCCUGUCAGGGUGGCGCCGCUACCCGGCCGGCCGGCCGCGGGGCGCCGCCGAGCAGCUCCACGGCCACUCGGGGGGAGAGCUCGUCCCGGACCGGCGCCGACUCCAGCUCAGGGCCGACAGCAGUGCCCCGUGCAGGCGCCGGCCGCGUCCCGGGCGCGCGCUACCGCGCAGUGUACUCGUCCGACGAUCAGACGCGCCGCUCCGACCGGUCCGGGGCCAGUGAGGGGCCGCUCGGCAGCCGCCGGCCCCGGGAGCAGUCCUCCACCUGGUCUGAGGACCCCGAGGCGCCCCUCACCCGGCCCGGCUCCGGCGCGGAGGGAUGGGGAACAGCGGCAGCGGGCUCGGCUCACACAGGUCCAGGCGGCCCCGGCCGGUCGCUGACCUGCUCCAGUGACCGGCCGCCGCCCCGGCCCGGCCCCGGAGGGCGCGUCUCGGACGUCUCCGAGGACCCGCUCGGCUGGUCCCGGGUCGGGUGCGUGCCGCGGGUGGCCGCCGGCCCCUCCAGGUACACAGAGGGGCUGCCGGUCCCCAGCGGGGUCUCUCAGACUCCGGUCAUCAGAGCCGAGCCCGCCGGCCGUGGGGCUGAUCGGGCAGCGGGCGGUACCGACUCCGGCACCUCCGACCUGACGACAGGGCGCAGUGACUGGUCACUGGCCACCUCCAAACGAGCCAGCUCGCCCCUCCUGGACAGCGGACCCCGUCCCAUGGGUCAGCAGAUGGAGGUGACCAGCGGUGACACCGACACGACCCCAGCCGAGCGCCGCGGCAGCUACUACUACUCGCGGCUGCGCUGUGAGACCCUGGUGAGCGCCAGCAGCGGGCUGGGGGUCAGCGAGGGGUCGGCACGGGCCGCCGGGGUCGGCAGGGGGUCACUGCGGGCCAGUGACGGGUCACUGCGGCCCAGUGACGGCUCAGCCGGCAGCGGCAGGGGCGACUGGUGGCUGGCGGGCCGGCCGCUGAAGAGGGCUCGGACCGUGGACGGGGAGCGAGGGGAGGGGCCGCGGCCGAGCGUGCCGGCUGACGACCCGAUGAGCACGGGGGACACGUGACCCAGGCCACGCGCCGGGUCAAGCAGCGGCCGAGGACCCACUAAGACACGAGACAGGGGACUGGCAUGCGCCGGGUCAGACAGCGGUCGAGAACCCGCUGAAAACGGGACACGGACCGUGGCCAACUGCACGGUGCUCAAUCAGAGUUGACAUGUUACUUGAUUGACGCCUGUAAGCACAUUCGUGUCUAUCCAUGCAUAUCAUGUGAAGGUGCAAUCGCCCAGUGCCAUUGUCUAUGUUUGUUUCCAAACUGCCACAUGUAAUGCUCAAUUGCAUACUCGCGCGCCACAUAUUCCUUGUACUCUAGAUCGAAUGAAAAGGCACUUGCAAUUACUAUCGCCAAACUUCUUCACAGCAGGGUAGUGUGUUGAUAAGUUAAGAAAUCGAAGUCGACUUCGGAAAA